UUCCUCGUUAUUUAUUAAUCACCGAGUCUAUGACAUGCGAACUGUAGAAAAUUAAAUAACUGCGAAUUAAAUAUUUGAAACAAGUAUUUUUCUAAAGGAAGGUAAGUCAUUUUCGAUUUUAACUAUAGCUAACUAAAUUAAAAGAAAUUAUUUUCACCGCAUUGUUAUAACAGAUAUUUUAUCACGAGGGACUCGUACAUGAUCAUUCAUGUUUUUGUUAAUUCGUCGGUCAAAUUGAUCAGUCUUGUACAAAAAUCAAACGUGUUAACAUUCAUCAAUCAUGCAAAUAUGAUUGACACAAAUUUGAUACAAGGGCCACUGACAAUCUUGAAUGAUCGUGUAUGUGCCCCUAAUUUUUAUCUAGUUAACAAUACGUUUUUAGAAGUAUAUAUACAGAAGACAGGCCUGUCGCUAGGCUACAAGCAAGCCACGAGUUGCUUUAGGGAAGCAUACAAUUUUAAAAAAAUUUAAGCGGCUAAGUUAAAUUAAUAAUCGACUUAAGACUGCAAUUCUGUUUUCACCUUAGGGCGCAAUGUAUCUUACGAAUUUCCUGAAUACAAACAAAUGAAGUUGGUACAUAAGUAUUAUUUUCACUACACAAACUUCAAGUACACUGAAAUUGCUUUUAAGUUACUCAAUACAAAGCAUAUGCCCUGUACAUUGACCAAGUUUUAUAGAUAAAUUUGAGGAAAAAUUGUUGUGCCCAAAAUGACAUGUCAUGUGUAAGACUAUGUAAGGUAUUCAGCGUGUUAAACAAUGGAAAAAUUAGUCAGGUGAUUGGGGCCUCUUAACUAUCUUAAGUAUCAUUUUAGAAAUGUACUGAGUACCUAGUCAACAAUUAAUAACUAUGUACCAGAUAUCAUAUUCAAUACCCUACCAAUUCUCAGUACCCGGCGUAAUAAUAUAUUGUUUUCCUGUGCUAUAAUACCCAGUAUUCUGCUGUCAAAUUUAACAAAAUAAAAAAUUUGUGAAAAUUAAAACAAUACAAUAUAUUAUGUACUAAGUGAAAGUUAUUUAAUUUAGUUUUAUUGAUUACCUAAUGAAUAUUAGGGUACUCUAUUUUCCUCAAUAAUUGAAUCUUGACUAUCACAAAAUUACCCAGUACCCAGGGUCUCUGCUUUAAUUGAUAUUAUUACUCAGCUAAUACUAUUGAAAUUUAUUUUGUAAUUUUUACGAUCCUUGAAUAAAAUUUGUGUGUUUUACACAAUAUGCAUGUUUCAAACUAUUUUAUUUUAAAAGCAUAUUUUUAGUAUAUUAGACCAUAUUUAAUGUAAGGAUAUUAUAUCAACAAUAAAAGAAUUCAGAAAAGUAUAUUCAUUUUUAUUUUUAAUAUAUACAUCUAUUGGCUAAUAAUAUAUAUUUAAAUUAUUUAUAUAUUAUUAUUAUAUUUUUAUCAUUUAUAUUUAGUAUAUAUUUUGAUUUUUAAAGCUAUAUUUUUUAAUGUUUUAUGGGUAUAUAGGUUAAUGUUUUUUAGUGCUUCAGUCUCCACACUUUAGUUAUGUAUACAAUGUAAAUUAAUUAAUCAAAAUAAUAUAUGUUUUAGAAAAAUGAGUACUCUGUAUCAAGGUGCUUUGACAUGCGUUUCUUGCCAGAUUGUUUUUGAGACUGGAGAAACACAUCGUAUACAUUAUAAGACGGACUGGCAUCGUUAUAAUCUCAAAAGAAAAAUCAUUAAUCUGCCUCCUGUCGACCAGCCUACAUUUGAAUCACGAAUACUCAGUCAGCAGGUUAAACAGGAUGCAGAAAACACAAAGAGCUCGAUUUAUUGUACCAUUUGCAGAAAAUCGUAUUCUUCACAAAAGUCGUUUGAUAGUCACACAACUUCUAAACAACAUAAAAGUCUAGCUGCGCAAUCGGAUGUCCAACAUAAGGAUAUUGGUGUCCCAGCAGCUAAAAAAAUAAUUAAAUUUGUUGGAAACAAACCUAUUAAAGAUAUGGAUGAUAGUGAUGAUGAUUACGAAGAUGUGGAAGACGAAGAAGAUGAAGAAUGGAAUGGAGUGGUUAGUGAAAACAACGCUAUAAUAAACAAUAUUUGUUUGUUUUGUCCUCAAAGCAGUGAAAAUUUAUUAGAAAACAUUAAGCAUAUGUCUGAUAAUCAUUCAUUUUUCAUACCGGAUAUUGAAUAUUUAGUCGACUUGAAAGGAUUGUUGGUGUAUUUAGGAGAAAAGAUAUGUCAAGGUUUUAUGUGUAUAUGGUGUAAUGAUACAGGAAAAAGCUUUCAUUCAAUGGAAUCUGCUCAAGCGCACAUGAUUGACAAAGGUAUUUUAUUCAUCUGUAUUUGACCUAACUUAAGAAAAUUAGUAAUUUUACUGUAAUUAUAACAUUUAUUUUGAAAUGAUUUUAGGACAUACUAAAAUGAUUCACGAAGGUGAAGCACUUCUCGAGUAUUCAGAUUUUUACGAUUAUUCUUCUAGUUAUCCGACUAACACAACUGAAGAUAAUUACCAGUGUGUCGAAGAUGUCAACUCACAACUGGUUCUUCCUUCUGGUGCCAGAAUUGGAAAAAGAUCAUUAAUGCGAUAUUAUAGGUACCUAGGAAGCAAAUUUAUCUAUGUUUAGCAAAAUAAAAUACUAUUUAAUUCUAAAAAUUAAUUAUUCCUUAUCUAUCAUAGACAAAAUUUGAAUCCAAAUCACGACUGGGCAGUUACAAAGGAGAAAAAACUGGGCAAAGUUAUCGAUCAUUACAGACACGUUGGAUGGACAGGAACAUUUCCCGCUGCUGCUGCUAGGUAAUAAUACCAUUUAUUAAUAAUUUGAUGCUAUACAAUUAACAAAUAAAGCUUGCAAAGCAAAAUGUAAUUUUGAACCAUUUAAAACUCGAUUAUGUUAAAGAUUAUUUAUGACUAAUAUUAAUUGAAACCUAUUAUUGAUUUUAAUUUUAAUUCAUUGGGAAUUCAAGAUAAUUUUAUAUAAUGUUUGGUGUUUCAAUCAGGAUCACAAGAACCAAAUUUGUAUUGAUCAUUUGAUCAUGAGUAAAAUAUUUGGAAUAAAAUAAAUACCCAAUCUUUCUAAUUUUGUGAUUAUAUGUUUGAGAUUUUAGAAUAGUUACUAAUUUGUAUUAAUAUACUUUAGUUGUAUAUUAGCCUAACAUUAGUAGAUAACAGAGCAAUCAUAAUAAUAUGCAUACAUAAAUAUAAUACGUGUAUUUGGUCAACCAACACUAAAAACCAAACAGAUUGCCUUGUUUUAUUCAAUUAUUUUAUUAAAAUUAAAAUACGUUUAAUUUGAAUUUACAUGUAUUAAUUUUCUUUAUAUCUUACAUUUAAUACUAUGUACAUUUUGUAUCUUUAAACUGCUUACAUGAUAAACAAAAAUAUUUUUCAUUAUUUAGGAAAGCAAGAGAUUUGAAAAUUAUGAAACAAGUUCAAUCAAAACUAUAUAUGCAACUCAGUGUCAAAGCUAACAAGUUUCAAAAGCAUUUUCGCCAACAAGUCAAUUUUUAAAUCUUAUUUUGUUUCUAUGGAAAUACUUUUCAUAAAAUAUAAUAAUAUGUUUAUGACUAUUCAAAGCAUUAUAAUUUGUAUUUGACAAACACAAAUUUUAAAAUAAACUAACUAUAUAUUUUAUAUAUAAUUUUAAUCUUUAUGUUGUAAUUUAUUUGAAAAUUGAUUAUUUAAGAAUCUAUCUGGUAUUACUUUUUUUUGUUCAGUUUAAUAUUUACAAAUAUUAUUAUUUAAUUUCCAAUAUAAAAUAUACAUUUGUUGAUAAUAUAGCAGUAGCACUAAAUAAACCGAAAAUAAAUAUUUGAGA